GGCCGAUGCGGCGGCGGCGGCACCGGGAGCAGCGGGAACGGCCCCGGGAACAGCGGGAGCAGUGGGAACAGCGGCACCGGGAGCGCCGGUAGCACUGCGAACGGCCGCAGCGGCAACAGCAGGAGCGCCAGCAUGGAGUACGUGAGCCCCGAGCAGCUCGCUGGCUUCAGCAAGUACAAGUACAGCGCCGUGGACAGCAACCCCCUGUCCCUGUAUGUCAUGCAUCCCUUCUGGAACACCAUCGUGAAGAUCUUCCCUACCUGGCUGGCCCCAAAUUUGAUAACGUUUUCUGGCUUCCUGCUGCUUGUCUUCAACUUCUUCCUCAUGGCAUACUUCGACCCUGACUUUUAUGCUUCUGCUCCUGAUCACCAGCACGUUCCAAACGGCGUGUGGAUCGUGGUGGGGCUCCUCAACUUCAUGGCCUACACGUUAGAUGGUGUUGAUGGGAAGCAGGCACGCCGGACCAACUCCAGCACCCCCCUGGGAGAGCUCUUUGACCACGGCCUGGACAGCUGGGCCUGUGUGUACUUUGUGGUCACCGUGUACUCCACCUUCGGCCGGGGCUCCACCGGCGUCAGCGUCUUCGUGCUCUACCUCCUGCUGUGGGUGGUCUUGUUUUCCUUCAUCCUCUCCCACUGGGAGAAGUAUAACACAGGGAUUCUCUUCCUGCCCUGGGGAUAUGACGUCAGCCAGGUGACCAUUUCAAUUGUCUACAUAGUGACAGCCUUUGUGGGAGUUGAGGCCUGGUAUGCACCUUUCCUGUUUAAUUUCUUAUAUAGAGACCUAUUCACUGCAAUGAUUAUUGCCUGUGCCCUCACUGUGACCCUGCCCAUGAGCCUGUACAACUUCUACAAGGCCUAUAAGAAUAACACCUUGAAGCACCACUCUGUGUAUGAAAUCCUGCUGCCCCUGGUGUCCCCGGUGUUGCUGUUCCUGCUCUGCACCACCUGGAUCUUCCUGUCCCCCACUGACAUCCUGGAGGUUCAGCCCAGGCUCUUCUAUUUCAUGGUUGGAACAGCCUUUGCCAACAUCUCUUGCCAGCUGAUCGUGUGCCAGAUGAGCAGCACACGGUGCCAGCCCCUCAACUGGAUGCUGCUGCCCAUCGCGGCCGUGCUGCUCCUGGUGGUGUCUGGGCUGGCUCCAGGCAGUGAAACGCUCCUGCUGUACCUGCUGACAGCCUUCCUCACCCUAGCACACAUCCACUACGGAGUGGUCGUGGUGAGCCAGCUGAGCAGGCACUUCAACAUCCGGCCCUUCUCCCUACGGAAGCCCACUCCGGACUGA